UAUCUCCUCUUAUUAGGAUUCCUCAUCAGUCCAGAACAACAAUGGUAGAUUACGAGAUAACCAUCUACACUCGCAAUUGUUUUAAUGCCACCACCUUUAAUAGCGUCCACAUGAAAAUUGUGGGCGUGAAUGGUACGAGUGACUGCAUACCGCUGAAUUAUUUGUACAUCCUAAGGGGAUCAGUGUUUACUUUCACUGUUUCCUGCCCAAACUCCCUUGGACAGCUGAUACUGAUAGAACUAGUGAGAAGACCAAACCUCCUUUUGCCCAAUGACGCUUGGUUCCCUGAUAAGGUCAAAAUCAAAUGUCAUGAGGGCAAACACUACACCUUUCCUAUCUAUUGCUGGCUCAAUGACAGUGAAACUCGCCGCUUUAGGGAGGGCAAAGCCUUAAGGAUCUUUGAUGAAACUAGCCGCGAUGGUAAAGAUGCGAGGAGCAAUGAGCUGGCUCAAAGAAAAGUAGACUAUUGCUGGGAUGUGUACGCCCCAGGAUUGCCCCACACCAUUAAGGCAGAUGGUCCUACAUGCUUGCCCCCUGAAGUGCAGUUCUCCUUUACCAAAGAGACUGAGUUUGCUUACACAGUGAUCACAAGUUUGGCUGAGCUUAAGCUAAAAGGACUGGUCGGUAACCAAGAAAAUUGGAAAAAUCUGGACCAUCUCAAGGAUGUGUUCUGGCACAAAGAUACCCCGUUGUCAGUUUAUGCCAGUAAGCACUGGGAAGAGGAUUGGUUUUUCGCAUACCAGUUUCUAAACGGCAUACAUCCCACUUUGAUUCGACGUUGCUCUAAUCUGCCCGAGAACUUUCCUGUGACUGACGGCAUGGUCUCCAUGCCCAAGGGCACAAACUUGAUUGAAGAGUUGAAGAAAGGCAACAUAUACCUGUGUGACUACAAAAACCUGGAUGGAAUGCCAGCCAACAUCAUAAAAGGGAUUCAGCAGUACUUUGUGGCUCCUCUUGUCUUGCUUCAUCAAACACCCAACAGGCUGAUGCCUAUUGCCAUUCAGCUGAAGCAAAAUCCAGCUAAAGACAACCCCAUAUUCGUCCCAACGGACUCCAAACAUGACUGGCAGUUGGCUAAGACUUAUGUGAGAAGUGCCGAUUUCCAGGAACACCAACUCAAUUCACAUUUUCUGCGCACUCAUCUACUGGCCGAAGUUUUUGCUGUGUCACUGCUACGCAAUCUGCCCAUGGUGCAUCCCCUGUACAAGCUCCUCGUACCCCACACACGCUAUACUCUGCAGAUAAAUGUAUUAGCUAGAGACCGGCUAAUAGGACCCAGUGGAGUCUUCACGCUGUUUGCAGCCUCUGGUGGAAAAGCGUUGAGAGAAAUCUUGGCACAAUCACUGUCCGCCGUCACCUACAGGUCUCUUUGCAUCCCUGACGACAUAGAUGAUCGCAAAAUGAAGGACGUGCCAAACUUCUAUUACAGGGAUGAUGGACUCAAACUGUGGCACAUCAUGUUCAAAUUUGUGCAGGACAUUAUACAGUACUACUACAAAAGUGACAAAGAGGUCAAGCAAGACUCAGAGCUGCAGAUGUGGGUAAAGGACAUUUUCGAACACGGAUUCCUUUCUAAACCACAAUCAGGAAUCCCUCAGAGUUUCACCACUGUGCCACAGCUGAUCAAGUUUGUCACCAUGGUGAUGUUCACUUGCUCAUGCCAGCAUGCAGCUGUAAACACCGGACAGUUCGACUACUGUGGCUGGAUGCCAAACAGCCCAUCCACUUUGAAGUGUCCUCCUCCGACCAAAAAGGGGACAACAAGCGAGGCCACAAUGUUCCAGACAUUGCCACCUAUCGGUGUGACAGCUCAGGGAAUGGCCGCAGUCUGGCUGCUCAGCAAGCAGUCCUCAGACUUUGUCCCCCUCGGAGUAUACCCAGAAGACCAUUUCUCCGAAGAGACCCCCUGUGAGCUGCUUAAGGUUUUCAAAAAGGAACUUGAUGAGCUGUCAGAUGCAAUAAACCUGAGAAACAAAAACCUAGACAUCCCUUACACUUACCUUGAUCCAAAGAACAUAGAGAACAGUGUGUCCAUCUAAACAUCACAAAAGGGAUAUACAGUGAUCCCUCGUUUUCUAUUUCAUGGGUGAAACACGGUAAUAUGACAAGGGUCGCGAUGCAAAAAUUGCAGACAACAAGGAGUGGUUGAGAUUUUCUUUUUCCUAUAGUUACCCUUUUAAAUGUUAUUUUUCUUUUCUUUUUGUUUAGAUCGAUUAUUUAUCAUCUAACAUUUGGGGAAAAUGCGACAGUUACAAAAAAAAACAAUAAAAAAAUUUAAGUGCUAGUUAUGAGGUAGAUAUCCAUGACUUUUUUACAGACGCCAAAUUUGUCUUUGUGACGUAAUUUGUUUAAAAAGUUUAAAAUAUGCGAGUGAAUCAUUUUUUUAAGACGCUUCUUUUUUCUUUUAAACUAAAUAUUAGACAUCAAUUAAUGGUUCAAAGCUAAAAAUGACAGACAUUUUGAAUAAAAAAUAAAAUUACUUGCCAUCUUUUUAUGGCUUGGUUGAAACAAAAGAGGUUGAGCGACGUCUGUAAAUGGGGGUUUUCAGGGUAAAACGUACAAAUUAAAAAUAGUUCGGAGGCUUAGUGCACCAUGAAUCUGCUAUGGCAGCAUAUAGACAUAUUGUUCUGUCAAACACAACAGUUGUUUUGGCUUAAAAUACAGCAGUUUCUUUUAAAGAGGAGUGCAAGAGCAGAAACUGCUUUUUCAGUCUUGUCUGUGUUUUCCGCCAUAUAUAUUUUGUGUAUGUUCAAUGUAUUCUUUCAGAUUUAACAUAGGAAACAGAUACAUAUGAGACAUAUUUUUUCUAGGGCUGUCAAACUAUUAAAAUUUUUAAUCGAGUUAAUUACAGCUUAAAAAUUAAUUAAUCGUAAUUAAUCGCAAUUCAAACCAUCUAUAAAAUAUGCCAUAUUUUUCUGUAAAUUAUAUAUAUAUUCUGUAAAAUAAAUUGUUUGGAUGGAAAGACAAGACACAAGAUGGAUAUAUACAGUGGGGAGAACAAGUAUUUGUACAGUACAUAAGGACUUUAGUGGGCAUUUCACUCUACUGUCAUUUAAAUCUGUCCAUGCUGUCCUCACUCCGAAGCGUCUACUUUUUCCAAAGCUAGACGGCUAGUGAACGACACCUUAAUAAUCAGACUUCUUCCUUUUUCAUCUGAUUUAUUAAUAAAAUAGCCUAAAACCAUUGUCCUCUUUAGACCGUCGUAAAACUACACAAAAAAAAAGUACACAAGCAUUGCAUUAGCAACAACGUUAGCUUAGCACGCUAUACAGGUUCACUAAACAUAAACAAAAAGUGUCUCAUACAAAAAAUAGAACAUUUCGCUUACUAACAUAAUAUGUACAUUCUUUACAACAACCAUACUUACGGACAAAUCUUGUCCAAGGAUCAUAUAAGCACAACAUCACAACGUAGGCGUCAGCCCGAGACGUCGUGCAGCCAUAUUGAACUGGCAAGAAAAAAAUAAACGAUGUCGCAAAGCGACCACAAGAGUUCGCUGUUAGACAGCACAAAAGCCUUGCUGUAAAACUUACCAAAAGACAGAAUACUGUCUGAGCGGGACAUGUGCGUUAAUUGCGUCAAAUAUUUUAACGUGAUUAAUUUUAAAAAAUAAUUACCAUGCGUUAACGCGAUAAUUUUGAGAGCCCCAAUUUUUUCACUUUUUUUUUUUUCAAAGUAUAGCUAAAAAAAUGUAUACAGUGGUAUAAAAAAGUUUCUGAACCUUUUGGAAUUUCUCAAAUUUCUGCAUAAAAUCCCCAUCAAAUGUGAUCUGAUCUUUGUCAAAAUCACACAGAUGAUAAAACUGCUUUAACUAAAACCACCCAAACAUUUAUAGCUUUUCAUUUGGGGAAAAUAAGUGAACCAUCACAUUUAAUAUUUUAAUCAAUCCUUGAUCGCAGGUGUUCAGACAGCUCUUUUAACUGAGCCAUGAAGCACAUCAGACAAUGCCUCUCAUCAAGACAAUUCUUCCCAGGUGUGUGUUUAAUAGUGGUCAGGGCAGCUUUAAACCACUCAUCACUGAUUGGGCCCACACCUGACUUAAAUUGUUUGGUAAAAAUUGGUUUCAAUUGCUCUUAAGUCUCCUUAGGCAGAGGCUUAACGUACUUAUUUCCCCCCCUUCUGUCAUUGUUUGCAUGCUAUCCUCAUUAAAAUAUGAAAACCUAUAAAUGUUUGGUUGGUUUUAUGUAAAGCAGACACUGUUAUUUCAUCUGUGUGAUUUUGACAAAGAUCAGAUCACAUGUGAUGGUGAUUUUAUGCAGAAAUGUGAGAAAUUCCAAAAGGUUAAGAUACUUUUUCAUACCAUUGUAUACAUAUGUAUUUUAAUAAAUGGUUUUAUGCACUUUAAAUGUAAUAAUUAUGAUAAGUUUUCAACAUGUUACUGUCCCAUCAAAUUAUAUUUAAACUAAUAUAAUAAAGUAGGAAAAUGCUUGGCUUUAUUAAAUGCUUUAUUGAGUGAGUCCACUCAAAUCCGCUCAAGCUGCUCACUUAACACCAAUGAGUUGCCACAGCAACUAUUUAACAAGUUAAACCAUGAUUGACGUAUGCGGAGCUUUUGAAGUUAGUGUCUCUGGCAACAUCAAACACAAACAUCUGUCAAUCAUCAUUAACUGUUAAGAUAAUCAUUAAAAAGGUUUAUUAAAUAUUUACUAUUGCUAAUGGAUGCCUACAAUAUAAUGAAUGCUUACAUUAAAGUUCAGGUAUUGAUCAAUUGCUCGAAUAGAAUGCUUUAUGAUUAACUGCAAUAAGGAGAUAUUAUUGUGUUUGAUUACUUUACUUUAAACAUGUUUGAAUCAUGAUGAAAACUGCUUUGUCAUUCAAACCGGUUUAAACCGGCCUGGGUUCCACAGGUCAACUUCCAGGACAAGCCGCAGACAUUAGAAAUUAAACUGUCUGGCACAUUUAAGAAAUCAUAUUUGUUGUUGCAUUUUAUCUAGACGCCAUUGCUUCAUGAAAUGUAUUAGCACACAUGUAUAUAAUUCCACCUACAUGCACACACAUAGCCAAACAAGUCCAAGGGGUGUCGCCAGCUUGCUUCCCCUUACCUUUUAGGGAGAUACCCAUCUGUUGCUAGGGCCAACCCCCAAAUAAAAAGAAAGGGCGCGGGAGGGUUCAGGUUAGAGCAAUUUUGGUGACUGUAUAGUGUAAUCUAGCAUUUCACUGUCUAGUCCCUCCCACUCUCCUAGCGCAA